UCCUGCACUACGCAAAAACGCAAUACAACAUCCACUUUCUUCUGAAAAUUCAACAUGACUGGUCGUGGAAAAGGAGGUAAAGGGCUUGGCAAAGGAGGUGCCAAGCGCCAUCGCAAAGUUCUUCGUGACAACAUCCAAGGUAUCACGAAGCCUGCCAUUCGUCGUCUAGCUCGCCGUGGUGGUGUCAAACGUAUCUCUGGCCUCAUCUACGAGGAAACUCGUGGAGUUUUAAAAGUAUUCCUCGAGAACGUUAUUCGUGACGCUGUUACCUACACUGAACACGCCAAGAGGAAAACGGUUACAGCUAUGGACGUGGUGUACGCUCUGAAACGCCAGGGCCGCACCCUUUACGGUUUCGGCGGUUAAGUCUGCACCUAAACUAAAAAAAAAGUUUUACAAAUCAACGGCUCUUUUGAGGGCCACCAGACUUUUACUGAAAAAGGAUGCUUAAUUGCUAACACUUCUCUUUUUGGCGAUGGAGUUUUUACAUUAUUGUAACUGUAAUUUGAGAGGUCUCGGAAUAAAAACUUUAACAAUUCAA